UGAGGGGGAGGGGGGAAACGGUGCAAACGGCGUGGCCGCCAUCUUGCUUGUACCCCCGCUUCGCGCGCGCUCCGUUCGACCUGACGCACGCUUCCCCCUCCCCUCCGCCGUGCCCAGGUCUCUGCACUGCCCGACUCCGCAGGAGCGCGGGGGCGGCUCCUGCUCUUCCUUGGACUUCUAAGCAGAGGCGUGUGAGUGUGCGGGAGCAUCCGCGGGAGGAAGGGGGAGAGUUGUCAAAAUGUCCACAGAAGGAGGAUUUGGUGGUGCUAGCAGCAGUGAUGCCCAGCAAAGCCUACAGUCCUUCUGGCCUCGUGUCAUGGAAGAAAUCCGGAAUUUAACAGUGAAAGAUUUCCGAGUACAGGAACUCCCACUGGCUCGUAUUAAGAAGAUUAUGAAACUGGAUGAAGAUGUGAAGAUGAUCAGUGCAGAAGCCCCUGUGCUGUUUGCCAAGGCGGCCCAGAUUUUUAUCACUGAGUUGACUCUUCGAGCCUGGAUCCACACAGAGGAUAACAAGCGCCGGACUCUUCAGAGGAAUGAUAUCGCCAUGGCAAUUACAAAAUUUGAUCAGUUUGACUUUCUCAUCGAUAUUGUUCCAAGAGAUGAGCUGAAACCACCAAAGCGUCAGGAGGAGGUGCGUCAAUCUGUGACUCCUGCCGAGCCCGUCCAGUACUACUUCACGCUGGCUCAGCAGCCCACUGCCGUCCAGGUCCAGGGACAGCAGCAAGGCCAGCAGACCACCAGCUCCACAACCACCAUCCAGCCCGGGCAGAUCAUCAUUGCACAGCCUCAGCAGGGCCAGACCACACCCGUGACCAUGCAGGUUGGAGAAGGUCAGCAGGUGCAGAUUGUCCAGGCCCAGCCGCAGGGUCAAGCCCAGCAGGCCCAGAGUGGCACUGGACAGACCAUGCAGGUGAUGCAGCAGAUCAUUACGAACACAGGAGAGAUCCAGCAGAUCCCGGUGCAGCUGAAUGCCGGCCAGCUGCAGUAUAUUCGCUUAGCCCAGCCUGUAUCAGGCACCCAGGUUGUGCAGGGACAGAUCCAGACGCUUGCCACCAAUGCUCAACAGAUCACACAGACAGAGGUCCAGCAAGGACAGCAGCAGUUCAGCCAGUUCACGGAUGGACAGAGGAACAGCGUGCAGCAAGCUCGAGGCUCUGAGCUAACGGGAGAGGCAGAGCCCAGAGAAGUGAAAGCCACAGGAAAUGCAACUCCCUGCACCUCUUCCCCGCCCACCACACAUACCCCCUCUCACCGGGCUGGUGCCUCCUGUGUCUGCUGCUCCCAACCACAGCAGAACUCCACUUCCCCUCCUCCCUCUGACGCCUUGCAAUGGGUGGUGGUUGAGGUAUCUGGGGCCCCCAACCAACUCGAGGCCCAUAGGGAGCUGCAUGCCCCUCUCCCAGGGGUGACCUCACUCUCUCCUCUCCACCCCUCGCAGCAGCUCUACCAGAUCCAGCAAGUCACCAUGCCUGCCGGCCAGGACCUCGCCCAACCCAUGUUCAUCCAGUCAGCCAACCAGCCCUCCGACGGGCAGGCCCCCCAGGUGACCGGCGACUGAGGGCCUGAGCUGGCAAGGCCAAGGACACCCAACACAAUUUUUGCCAUACAGCCCCGGGCAAUGGGCACAGCCUCCCUCCCCAGAGGACCCUGCCGACCUCAGCGCCUCCUGCAGGCUAGGACACUGGUGCACUACGCCCGACGCCUGGGGGCAGAGAUUCUCCACAACAGAAAGAUGCAAUAUUUUUUAUUUCCUUUUUCCCUUUUUUUUUCUCCACGGAAUCAAUAUUUCAAUAUGUUGAGCUGUGUGUCCAAUGCUAUGAAAUGAAAAUAAUAAAUAACAUAUUUAUGGCAUUUUCUUGAA